GAAAGAGAUUUAUUAAAGACUUUUAGGAUCCCUGUGGAUACUUUUGUCACUUACGUGAUGACCCUGGAGGACCACUAUCACGCCAAUGUCGCCUACCACAACAGCCUUCAUGCUGCUGAUGUCACCCAGUCCACCCAUGUACUGCUUUCCACACCAGCUCUAGAUGCCGUAUUCACAGACCUGGAGAUAUUAGCAGCUUUAUUUGCUGCCGCCAUUCAUGACGUCGACCAUCCAGGAGUGUCCAACCAAUUCCUCAUAAACACAAACUCAGAACUGGCCCUGAUGUAUAACGAUGAGUCUGUUUUGGAGAACCACCACCUGGCUGUGGGGUUUAAGCUGCUCCAUGAGGAGAACUGUGACAUCUUCCAGAACCUCACCAAAAGGCAAAGACAGAGCCUGAGGAAACUUGUGAUUGAUAUGGUUUUGGCUACAGACAUGUCCAAACACAUGAGUUUGCUGGCAGACCUCAAGACAAUGGUGGAAACCAAGAAAGUGACGAGUUCUGGAGUUCUAAUGCUCGACCACUACACCGACAGAAUACAGGUUCUGAGGAACAUGGUGCACUGUGCAGACCUGAGCAAUCCCACAAAGCCUUUGCAUGUGUAUCGGCAAUGGACGGAGAGAAUCAUGGAGGAGUUCUUCAGGCAGGGAGACAAGGAAAGGGAGCGAGGCAUGGAGAUCAGUCCCAUGUGCGACAAACACACCGCAUCUGUGGAAAAAAGUCAGGUGGGCUUCAUUGACUACAUUGUUCAUCCACUAUGGGAGACGUGGGGAGACCUUGUACAUCCCGAUGCCCAGGAGAUCCUGGACACCCUAGAGGACAACAGGGACUGGUACCAGAGCACUAUCCCACAAAGCCCAUCGCCACCUCCUGUGUGUCAGGAAAAGGAGCUAAACAAAUGCAUUGACAAAUUUCAGUUUGAGCUCAUGGAAGAGAGCUCUCAGAAUGAGCAGGGACACGAGGACGACAAAAUCACACCAAACCAUGUGGCAGAAGACUGCAGUGACAUAGACAAGGAUGAUGACAAUGAGGACAAGGAAGAUCAAAUGUCAGAUGAGAAGAAUGAGGACAUAAUAGAGGAAGAGGAUGAAGUGGCUAUGGAGGAAGAGGAAGCAGAGGAAGAGCUGAAAUCUCGGUUACGUGAGGAUCCACAAAAAGAAAGACUUUUUGACACAAGUCCUGUAGAAGAAGAGGAAGAUUCUUCUUCUCAAGCUGAAGAUACAUGAGGUCUGCUCCUGUAUCUCCCUCCUAUCUUGCACACUUAUGUUGUUGAUUCUUUAAAUGGCCAAACAAAGAACAAAUAUGACUGCAAUGACAAUACAGACCUUUAAGUAUAUUUUUCAAAAAGGGAAUACAUUCAAAAUCGCUCAAAGAGAAGCUAAUUACACAGCAACUGUAGAUUUGGAGUGAUAAGUUCUAGGACUAAUUUUACUAGGAACUUAAGACUAAUGGAAAUCUAGAAGGCCAUUAUUGACGGGUAAUGGGAGACAGUGUAGCACUCUGGUGACCGGAAUGCACAUAAAUAAACACACAUGAAAUCACACAAAAAUAUCCACAAAAACCACAAUCAAAAGUAAGUUGUGUAGAGUACAACAAUGCAAUGUGCAUGCAUGCAUGCAGCAAGCCAUGCAGUAUCAUUGCAUUUCAUAUGUACACCUACUGAUUUUUAAAAAGACACAUAGACUUACACAGGAACCUACAUACACUUGACUGUAUGUUUGUAUAUGUGCAUUUACACAUGGACAUUGAUCAGUGAUGAAUCUCUUUGGAAAAAGCCAUUCCUUAUUGGUUUAUUAACUCGUGUCAAGUCAGUAUUAGUAAUUUAUGUCUGUUAGAAUCUCAAUAGAAACUGCUCUCUUCAGAGAAGCUUCAGUGACUUUUUUUUUCCAUUUCUGUGGGAAAUAAAACUUAAAAAAUAAGUCCGCAGAGUUGGAGAAAGAGGAGAACGUAACGUGGAAGCAAAGAAAAGGAAGAUGCUGCGUUGAAGGGGCCCGAGAAGCCCCGCAUCCUUUUUCCCUUUACAAGGAGAGUGCUACUGGUGUGAGAUGGCUCUGUGCCUUUGUGAAACAUCAGCUUCCUGACUGAGGCUGUGGAGAAGCAAUGCAUUGUGGAACAGGAGAGUCUGAUUUUUGGAAUCAUUUUUGAUUGUCUCUUGUUCAAGGUCUCUCUUUACUGUUCAUGGUAUUGUGGCGUGUAACUCACACGUACAAGUUUCUGUGGUGACUUGUUUUCAGCUGUAAGUCUUCCUUUAGUUGCUCUUCUGGUGUUAUGACAACUCAGAACUUUAGAUGCAGAGCAAUCACUAACACCACCACUACCACCACUGGACUCUUUCCAGCUUAUAUAUUUAUUUCCUAUUAUGCUGAUUUUAUUAUUAUUUUUCUAAACUUUCAGAGAAUAAGCCAUGUGAUGCUUUGAAGCAUAUACGUUUUUGCCUAUUUUAUAUUUGAAAUUUUGCUGAAUAUGUUAUAAAGGGAGAGAAAGUUUCAUCAGCAGAACAAAAGUUCAUUUGCUGUCUUCAUUUUUUUGUAUUUUUUUAUUUUUUUUUGUCUCCUCAUACAUAGCGAUUCUCACCAAAGUUAAGGAAGACAAACUUCAGUGGGUGAGUGGAAUUGAAGGAAAUCAGGGAGGCAGAAUGUCAGGGAAAAGGUCUGGCAGUCCCAAAUCAACCUUUCUAUGUUUGAUGGUUUUUUUUGCCUUAAUGUCAGAUGCAGGAUACAUACCUAUAAGUAUGUAGAUUAAAAGACACAAUACAGAUA